CUUUCCCCAUGCCUGGAGGGCUAAAAAGGAUGCUAACAAAGGUGUCCUGGACCAUUCUCAGGUAGAUCACACCUCCAUGCAGUUUUGGCAGCAAGGGCUCUCCUCUCCUCUCCUGGCUUUCUGGAAGAAAAGGCAGACAAACCCACAGAUUCCAUUUUUUGAACAGCAAAAAGAAAAAUGCCUAAGAUUUAAUUGCAAGAAGGAGGAAGAAAGAUAAAGAGCAAAGAUGAAGGAUGCUCCUGGAUCCACCCGCAGGAAGACCUCUGGGUGACAAAGCAAGACACCUUGACCUUGAAGAUGGUGAGUAGCCAGCCAAAGUACGAUCUAAUACGGGAGGUUGGUCGUGGCAGCUAUGGUGUGGUGUAUGAAGCAGUAGUGAGGAAAACCUCUGCACGCGUUGCAGUGAAGAAGAUUCGGUGCCAUGCUCCAGAGAAUGUCGAACUAGCCCUGCGUGAGUUCUGGGCGCUUAGCAGCAUCAAGAGUCAACACCCAAAUGUCAUUCAUCUAGAGGAAUGCAUCUUGCAAAAAGACGGCAUGGUGCAAAAGAUGUCCCACGGUUCCAGCUCCUCACUUUAUUUACAGCUUGUGGAGACCUCUCUGAAAGGUGAAAUUGCCUUUGAUCCCAGAAGCGCCUAUUACCUUUGGUUUGUGAUGGAUUUCUGUGAUGGAGGUGAUAUGAAUGAAUACCUCUUGUCCCGAAAGCCUAGCCGAAAGACCAAUACCAGCUUUAUGCUUCAGCUCAGCAGUGCCCUGGCUUUCCUGCACAAAAAUCAGAUAAUCCACCGUGACCUCAAACCUGACAACAUUUUGAUCUCUCAGAGCAGGAUGGAUGCUAGUGACUUAGAACCUACUUUGAAAGUUGCUGAUUUUGGACUGAGCAAGGUUUGUUCUGCUUCGGGACAAAACCCUGAAGAGCCUGUCAAUGUAAACAAAUGUUUUCUUUCUACGGCUUGUGGCACAGACUUCUAUAUGGCUCCUGAAGUUUGGGAAGGCCAUUACACGGCCAAAGCAGACAUCUUUGCCUUGGGGAUUAUAAUCUGGGCAAUGUUGGAAAGGAUCACUUUCAUAGACACAGAGACGAAGAAAGAGUUGUUGGGGAGUUACGUCAAACAAGGGACUGAGAUUGUGCCUGUCGGAGAAGCAUUGCUAGAAAAUCCGAAAAUGGAACUGCUCAUUCCUGUUAAGAAAAAGACAAUGAAUGCUCGUAUGAAACAGCUGAUUAAGGAAAUGCUUGCUGCUAACCCACAAGACCGCCCAGAUGCUUUUGAACUAGAGCUCCGAUUAGUCAACAUUGCUUUUAAAGACAGCAGUUGGGACACGUGACCUUCGGUGUACUGUCAUGGCAGACUUAUAUCUGUAACAAUGGUGCAGCAAUUUAUGGAAGCAAAAAAACAGACUAACCCAAAUUCAAAGUGUCAGGGUUCCAUGUUUUUUUCUUUUCUAUUGCAUUUCUCUUGAUUUUUGUAAACUAAGCUUAAGGUUGCAAUCCUUGUUUUAUUACCCACGUAUGUAUUAUUUCCAGGCUAUAGCUGUUAUGCUAUCUACCUGGAGUGGAAAACUGGCAGGUUAGUUGACUGCUUUUUAGGAAUACGUUAUGGAAUAUUUCAUACAUUCCAGUUUCCUAUUGCAGAAUUUGGGAUGCUUGUGGAAGAAAAGAUUUGCAUGCUGGCAGUGCAAAUCAUUUGGCUUUGUAAACGUGUAUAUAUUUAUGUCGGUAUGGGUGACCUGACUCCCUCCCUCUUCCAUAUGAACAAAGUAUGCCCGUUAUUUAUAUUGUCUCGUGUAGAAUUUGGGUGACUGUGGCUCAUCUGUAAAACCCCAGUAUAUCACCAGUCUCUGCUUUUUUCAUCAAGAAAAAACGCGAUCACAUAAAAUGUGGUAAACAAAUGUGAUGCAAAAGGAGCCUCUGAUUCAGACACUGAGUUACUGUGGAGAGAACCUCUUAGACUGGAAGGCUGCAGCAGGUAAUCUGAUGGUAUAUCCAGCUGUUGGGUGCCAGCACCUUGGUUAAGUCUUUAUCCGUUUAGCUUCAUUUUUUUCUGGGGUAAUGGAAUGACCUCCAACUACCACUGUCCCUUGCAUUUGAGCGCCAGCAUUAUUUAACUCAAAAUACCUAUUUGAUGGUUUUUUCUAAUGUAAAUCAUAGGAAAGAAGAAAAAAAAACCUUCAGUGUUCUGUGGAAACCUUUGCAAGUAUGCCCCCACCUUAUUUGUUGACCUGGCAUAGGAGCUAGUCAUGUUAAUUGUUGCCCUCCCUUUUAACAGAGGUUCUUUCAGUCACUUGUUAGUGAUGGUUUUCAUGACAGAAUACUUGUCUUGUUUCCUUUGGGAAGGAGACACACUCUGAAAGCUUUGUGUAUUAUCGAACUCUCCAGAUUCUUUACUGUUAAAAAAUAUUGCCAAUUUGAGUGGGUGGUUGUGUUUCUGCCCAAAAUAAUUGCACUUAUUGUUUUGCUCUGACUUUUAUGUUGGCAGAAGAUACAGAACACUUAGCACAAUUCUGCUACUCAAAGCACAGUUGAUUGGGCCACAGGCCAGUGUGUCCUCUUCUUAUCCACCAUGCCAUUUUUCUGCCCAUACCAUUAUUGUUUUCUCUGUUCACCAUGCCUCCUGUUUCCUGAAUUUUACUCUGAAGCACUAAGAAGUCUCCUCCUCCAGGUUGCUGGUGUGCAGGCUGUUGCCAUUUUGUACUUUGCGUGUGCCUGGGGUAAAAGGAGUUGCACUUUUUGGUUUGUUUCUGUUUGACUGCAGACAGGAGUGAAACUCUGAUUCUGGAGUAAAUAGAGAAUGCAGAAUAUGUUUGUUCAUUGUAGUGUUGAAAAUGGAUUUAUUGUUUGGGUUAAAAUAAUUCCGAUGCCGUUAACUACAACCUUCAAAUCAGAAAGUGAACUGACCUUUGUUUUCUCAUCAAAUGCACUGGAACUCACUAUACACCGUCAUCCUUAAAUGAUAUAGCAAGGAUCUGAAAAGUACAAUGAGAAAGUGUGUUGAUUUUAUUCCUAAUAGGAAUAUCCGUGUUGAACAAGAUGCCUUUCAAAUGAAGAUGCUUCUUUGACUUGAUAGAACACAUAUCCCUUUGCUCCAAAUACAGUUAUCGCUUAUGCAGUCCAAUCCUAAACCUGCUGACUUGGAAGCAAGUCUUACAGGUUUCAAUGGGACUUUCAAGUAAUAAAGAUGUUUAGGAUUGCAAUGUUAACUAUUUAUUUGGAAAAUUUUCAGAUUGAAAUUCUUGUUGAAAAUAAGAUUCAGGGAGCUGCGACUAACAACCUGUAAUUCCACUGAGGCAUACUUUCUGAGAAUUUGAACUGCUAUCAACUGGUGUAUCUCUGUCUGUCGGGCUUCCCAGUGUAAUGCUAUAUUGGGUUAGCUGAGGACCCAAUUAAUGUCUUGUCCUUUGACUGCAGAGGUAAGACAACGUAAAUAUUCUGGGGGGAUUAAAUGAUCCUUACUCUUUGGGGGGAUUAAAUUCUCCUUACUCUUUCAAGCACCACUGUGCCUUUGGAGACAAGAUUAUAUAGUGAGUAGAAAGGCACUCAUAAGGAUAUCCUGGCAUCCAGCAGCUGAACAUUACCGUAAUACGCAUGUCAAACAAAAGCGUAUGAGCUGUAGGAGAUUGGCAGUCAUUGACGAUUCAAAAUAAAAAGCAGGAACUCUCAUAUGUAAGACCUAUCUAAUCUUGAUUACUCUGUGCAAUUUCUUGCAAUUUGCGGGUCCAUAGCAAAUUAAGAUUUGGGUACAUUGUUGCAUGUUCUUCUUAAAUACAGUGUAGAAGCUAGGAGUAUUUAAUGAGAUGCACAGUAAAAAAAAAUUAAUGCCGAAAGUGCACUGGUUUCUUUUUUAAAUUUGGGGAGGCCUCCCCAGGUCACCUCUGUUCAUGGUGCUUAGCCCAUUGGCAUUGAAUGCUAACUUAAUUAUCCCAUUAAUUAUUCAUUGAAUAAUUGUCCCUGAGAUCUCUGUAUGUGUGUGUGAUUUUGGUUGUUGGUUGUGUUUUCUUUGGGUUCCUGUAAAAUCUCUGAAAUCAACACUGUUGUAGCAGCUACAAUACAAUCCACCAGCGUAACAAAAGUUGAGAAACUCAUCAGCACUUCAGAAAGGAAGCAAACUUUCAAAGCUUUUCCUUACAAAUUGUAAACUCUAUUUUGUGAAGAAUUUAUUAAAGGGGGGGAUGAUUGUGUAAUUUAUUGCGUUCAUGACUUUUUAAAAAAGAAUAAAGUCUGACU